GGGAUGUUACCGGGCAGCCGGCUGGCGCCGCAGGGCCCCUCCAUGGGGCCGCCCGGUUACGGCGGGAGCCCGGCGGUGCGGCCCGGGAUGGCGCAGGCCAGCCUGGAUCAGGCCCGCAAGAGGCCGGCGCCGCAGCAGCUCCAGCAGGUGCAGCCGCAGGCCGUGCCCAACCGCAACCACAAUGCUAAAAAGAAGAAGAUGGCUGACAAAAUUCUACCUCAGAGGAUCCGGGAACUCGUACCCGAGUCUCAGGCCUAUAUGGACUUGCUGGCCUUUGAAAGGAAGUUGGACCAGACCAUCAUGAGGAAGCGCUUGGAUAUCCAGGAGGCUUUGAAACGACCCAUUAAGCAAAAACGAAAGCUACGUAUUUUUAUCUCCAAUACCUUCAAUCCAGCCAAGUCGGAUGCAGAGGAUGGUGAAGGAACAGUCGCCUCCUGGGAGCUUCGAGUGGAAGGACGGCUGCUGGAAGAUUCUGCUUUGUCCAAAUAUGAUGCCACCAAGCAGAAAAGAAAGUUCUCAUCCUUCUUUAAAUCUCUGGUCAUUGAACUUGAUAAAGACCUGUAUGGCCCUGACAAUCACCUAGUAGAGUGGCACAGGACCGCUACGACUCAGGAGACGGAUGGCUUCCAGGUGAAGAGGCCGGGAGAUGUAAACGUGCGCUGCACUGUCCUCCUGAUGCUGGAUUACCAGCCUCCCCAGUUCAAACUGGAUCCCCGCUUGGCUCGUCUCCUGGGGAUUCACACUCAGACCCGCCCGGUGAUCAUCCAGGCCUUGUGGCAAUACAUCAAGACCCACAAGCUCCAGGACCCCCAUGAGCGGGAGUACGUCAUCUGUGACAAAUACCUCCAGCAGAUAUUUGAAUCUCAGCGGAUGAAGUUCUCUGAAAUCCCCCAAAGGCUUCACGCGUUGCUUAUGCCCCCAGAACCCAUCAUCAUUAAUCAUGUGAUCAGUGUUGACCCAAAUGACCAGAAGAAAACAGCUUGCUAUGACAUUGAUGUGGAGGUGGAUGAUACCUUGAAAACUCAGAUGAAUUCCUUCCUGCUCUCCACAGCCAGUCAACAGGAAAUUGCUGCUCUGGAUAACAAGAUUCAUGAAACAAUAGAGACAAUUAACCAGCUGAAGACCCAGCGGGAGUUCAUGCUGAGCUUUGCCCGAGAUCCUCAGGGCUUCAUCAACGACUGGCUACAGUCCCAGUGCCGGGAUUUAAAGACAAUGACUGAUGUUGUUGGGAAUCCUGAAGAGGAGCGUCGAGCCGAGUUCUACUUCCAGCCGUGGGCUCAGGAAGCUGUGUGCAGAUACUUCUACUCCAAGGUGCAGCAAAGACGGCAGGAACUGGAGCAGGCCCUGGGAAUCCGUAACACAUAGGCUGCUCUGCUCCUCCCCAGCCAGAAGCAUCACAGCUAUUUGUGGAGACAGAGCUGCAGAGUGUGCUGUUGAGGCUCACGUAAUCCCACUCCAGCAGUGGGGCCCGUGUCAUUAUUCAUCCUGGCAUUGUCCCUGUUGGGGCAGCUCCAGGACACUUGGGGUCUUCUGGGGUGUGGCAAGCAGACAGGCUCCAACGAGCACACAUUUCUACCUGGUUUUUCUUCUUGACUGUUGCCUUGUCAGUCCCAAGGCUUCUUAGAGCCUCCCCUCGACUCCGCACUGCCCGUAGUGUCCCCAGUAGCCAGAAGGACUGCUGCCUUGGAGCCUUUCUCAAGUUCAGACACCACAGCCCUUCCCUCCCCAACCAGCCUCUAGUUGUGGCACAGGAGAGCUGGGUCUGGGGAGCCUGGAGCUGCCCUGAGUCCUGUGGCUGCUCUCUCCCCUGCCUGGUCCCAUAGUGGGCAGGAUCCAUGAGCUGAGAUACCUCCCUGCCCUCCCUCCCUCCCUCGGGGGUGCUGCUGCACUGGGCUGCCCCACAGCUCACUCUCCUCCUUGAGGAAGUUCCUGGACUGCGUAGAGAAUUGCUUCUUCCCUUUUUCCCUGCCCUGUUCCCUUUGUGUUCUUUGACAGACUGUCCCAGGUGGGGGUCACAGGGGAGCUGAGGUGCUGGUUUGCUGCAGGGGUGGUGGAACCAGUGGGGAGAUUUCCCUGCACUUCACAAGUCCUACAGCUGCGGUUCCAGGAGACCUGCUCGUUUUCCCUGUAGCAGGGAGAGGGGAUGCAGCACCUGCCUGGUGGAAUUGUAGGCUCAUUCCUUUGGGACAGCUGCCUGUGUCACUUGCUGUGGAGACCAGAGGCUCCUUCGUGUGGACCUUGGGGGUGUGAUGGGACAGUCCUUGGGGAUGGACGUGGCUCCAGCAUACCCGAGUUGAGCAGGUUUUUUCUGUGCUGAAGCUCCUGUGGUUUUUAGUCAAGUUUUAGGUUCUGGGGCUGCCAUAAAGCCCAGCAUGGUUCAGGAAUGUACAAGUAGAUUUUUCUCUACCGUGGGGAGUAGCGGCCCAGAUGCCCCUUUAUGGAUGAAUUACUAGUGAACUGGUGGCCAGGGGUAAGAGAACGGCUUCUCUGAACCUGGAUCCCAGUAUUUCUUCUCGGGACUGUAAUGCAAAUGGACUUGAAAGUUGGUCAUAUUCUCUUGGAAUAGCUGCAAAAACACGUUACUGACAACCCCCCCACCCCUCAUGCCCCCACCCAGCUGUGGUGUGGUUGGGAAGGUUGCUAUGAAAUGGGGAGCCUGGGUGGCCCCACUCCUCGUGUCUGUGUUACUACAUGUCUGUGAGUAAUAGACUCUCGACCUCCCUCCUCCUUUGCCCCCUUUGAAACGGCUCCUCUGUGGUACCGGGGUGAAGGUCUUGGUGCUGAUGAAGCAGCCCACGCCUCCUCAGGGCACUCACACGUGAAGGAUGCUGAGUACUGCGUAGGCAAGCAUAGCUGUGGCAGAAUAACUGCUUUUUCUUAACUGAAUAUUAUGGUUUUUUUCCAUGGACCAAAAUUUUUUUUUUGUACUGUAUCCUUGUAGAUGUCACCCAGUUUUAAUAAAAGCCUCCUGUGAAGGAAGCCUUCCUCCUCC